UUUUUGAAAAUUUAGAAGGAAUGAAUAUGAUAUCACCAAAGAGAAGUUUGAUCGGAGCUUCACUUAAAAAUCAGAUGAAUAGAACUAAGAGGGGCAAGAUUUAUCGGAAAUCUUCCAUAUAUCAAAAUCAGGUUCAAAAAGCUUGAUUACCUCACUUUGGAAGAAACCAGUACAGAGGUAGACUGAUGACUCAGAGUAAGAGAGAACAAACUAAGAGUGAUGGGAAAAGUUUUGACGAUUAUUCUUCCCCAUCGCCACCUCCAAUUCUCUCAAGAGGCUCACAAUUUGUUCCUCACCAUCAAGUAAUUAACGCUACAAAGGCUAAUAUUGAUAAAUCUAAGUUCAGGCACCUCCAGAAAUUUAUUGAAACAAUUCAGUACAAGAAAGAGUAUAAGCAUGGAAAUAGUUCCGUAAGGACCUCAAAAGUCCCUCUACAAAAAGAGCUUGACCGAGCGAGGAUCUGCACCUCCAGUCAGACACAACAAUCAGGUAUUCUAUUGGAGCCUGAGACUGAGGAUACAGCUAUUGAGAAAAGUGAAUGCCUGGUCUAUGAAUCUUCUGAAAAACUUCCUUUAGCUAAAAAAGAGGGGGAAAAGAGCGAUGAUAGCUUUGAUUUUGCACCUGUAACAGCUGUCCAUUUCGAGACAAAGCCUAAGAAAGUACCUACAAAUCAUCUGCCCAAAAACUCUGGCCUCAGCAACAAGACUAUGGAUAUCCAAGUAGUAACAAGGAGUAGGAUGAGUAGAGUGAAACCAAAUAAUUUCAGCUUUAACAAAAUCACUCAUAAAAGUGCCAACUCAUGUGAACACAUCCGUAUCUACAAGAAGUCUCCAGUCUUAAAACCAGAUUCAAGGAUUAGCCAAGCUAAAAGUCACAGCAAAAGGAGAAAUAGAGUGUAUAUUAAAAAUUUCAAGACAAAAAAUUUAUAUCUGAGAAAUAGAGCUCAGAAGGUGAACUUUCAAAACAUCGGCCUUCUGAACCAGCAGAGAUCCUCCUCUUUAGCAGUUAGGAUGAGAAAUAAGUUACAAAAGAACAGGAAUCAGGAAGCUUUAAAUGCUGCUCUGAACCAGACAAAAUAUACAUGCUCACUGUUUAAAUUCAACCACUCUUUGAUGUAGCCUAGAUGGCGCUCUUGGUAGAGAUUUCUGAGUGAGAUUGUUAUCAAGCCAACUUUGGAACUCUCCUUAAUGAGUAUGCA